CAUGAGCGAUGUUGAGUCAUUCAUAUUAUCUCAGAAUUCUCCUGGUAAUCGCACAGCUCGGGGAGAUAUCAUUCUCAUCUUAUCUCAUUAUACAUGCUUAUGCACUGUAAAGAGCAGUUGCUGGUAUAUAUUCAUUCAGUUUUAUUUAUCAUCGUCUCUUAAUUCUGCAGAUGAAUUAGCUUCAGAGCAGCGACGUCGUUCAUUCAUUCAUAUUUCUCUUGCGCGCGUUCUAUUUUUGCGAAGUGGUGAAUGGACUUUAUUUGAUCGCGAAGCCUCAACUUCCAGCAGUGGCUUUUGUGGUGUAUUGGCGUGCGACUUUAGGCAAUUAUGUACGUUGAAUUCUCUUUGUUGAGUCUAUGCAGGCAGGAAUAGUACAAUAACACGAAUCUAUUCACUGCAUAGAGUGCACAUCUAAAUUUUAUAACCGUACAAUUGGUGAUAAAAAGAAAGCGGGUUUUAUCCCAUCGAAAUGACAGUUGAGCUGGUGACACCGAACUUGUUCACACUAACCUACAUUUAAGAAGAGCUGUCCUCGAAAGGCCUAUUUCAUUUUCAAGCCUUUCCCAUUUCUAGCAAGUGGAAACCCCAAGCCUUGGGCUUUAGACUGAACUUGUGAUGAUUAAGGCCAGACUUUCAGUGGAUUUCCGUCCGAAGGGACUGGACAGGACGAUGAUGGCGAAAUCAGUGAUUUUCUUGGUCAUUUUUACUGGAAUACUGACUCCGUUUGCGGAUGGACAACUUCUUCAACCAAACAAGGAGGUCAUUUGCAACUUUGUAUCCUGCGUGGGCUGGUGUGAAUGUACAGGAGCUGACAUCAACUUAACGCAAUUCUUAGACCCGUUCGCUUUGAAUUUCUGCUCACUUGGUGAUUUUAUAGAUUUCGGAACGUGUCCCAACGACCCAAACAAGGUGGUUAUCGCUCAGAAUCGGGAGGCUAACGUAAAGACUUGUCUUCAGACGAGACAGAACCCUCUGGUCUUCUUCAAGAACGAGACAAACGGUACAGACUACGCUCUCAGAGCUUGGGACGCCAGUCAACCAGACAGCUACGUGGUGCUCAGCGAGUUCUGUGCACCUCAGUGUAACCCGAUUUGCGGCAUAGCCUUACCGCCAACGCCAACGCCAUUUGUUCCAAUGACGACCCGAAUGACGACCGGUCGUCAGAUUGACGUAGUUAUUCCAAGAAAACCAGAACCAACAGGUUCAGGCCUCUCCCCCGCUGAUGCUCGAAUUUUGGGAAUUGCUGUGGGCACCUUUUUGGCCGGUCUCCUCAUCUGCCUCAUCGUCGUGUUCGUUUGUUAUUUUCGAAGGAAAAAUAACAAGAAUCGAGCUCCAAAACUUCCUCCCAGGCGCAACAUGCCCACUCAGAACCGGGAUUAUGCAACGAUCGAAGAAAUCCAAAUGACAUCAGCGAACAACAGUCCUGCCAGACGAGGUGGAGCCUAUCCAAACGGGUUGUAUCGAAGUGAGAGUCUGUCUGCAAUCAACUCAUUCAACCCAGAUCCAUCAAUCCAUCGGUCAGUAUCAGACAUCGAGCUCCUAGGCGACCCUCCCCAUCCACCAGUCCGGCAAAUGAGCCUUCUACCAGGGGUCAAUCCAGCUUUGGCCGAUUGUACAGAUGGUCCUGGUGCACCCCAAGAUGACUACGGAUAUACCAAGUACCUACCCGAGAGUGACCAGCAGGGGUUGCCUUACAUGCACCUUAAGGUAACGCCUUCCCUGUCAGAUCCUGAAGGUCAGCACCAGGCUUCGAAACCCCACCGGUACAGGAGCAACACAGCUGAUACGCAUGCUAACAGCGCAGAUGUAGGAAGGGCUAUUGAUAGGAUCCGGGCUCGCCAGGCGUUGAAAGAUGGAGGCAACAGGAGGUUUGUACCAAACCAGACAGGAAGGGGUCGAAGCACUACGCUAGGGGAAGAUUACAAUCGCUUGAACAGGAAUGGACAUAAAGGUGUUCCUCGCUCGAAGAAGAACGAUUCCGCUGCAUUCACACCCGUUCCUGUACAUGGACAGUACCAGUCCAGACCAAGAAGGUCUCCUGAGAGUGUUCGCAGGUGGAGGUCUCUACCGGAUAUGACAGAUGGAGGGCAGGCCCCACCUACCAUGCAAGCUGAUAGUGUUGACGAAAACGCUCCAGUUUAUCAACUCCUCGAAAGGAGUCCAGCCAGCUCAAUUGGAGACUAUAGCAAAAGGAAAACUUAUCAGCUACCCUAUGGACGUGACGAAACGGACCUUCCAGAGUCAAAAGCGCGAGAUAGCCGAGGAAGUGGACGUACCGCAUCCGAGUCAGGUCCAUCUUCAUACGGCUCGCAAUCUCAGGGUAGUACAAUGGAUGAUCGAUACGACCCUGUUUAUGAAUCUCGCUUGACAAAUAACACAAAAGCUCCACAGUCUCCGGACGAAUACCAACCCCUUUCGCAGUCUCGUCCGGUGUACCUAGAGUUCGACGAUCAUCCAGCCGCAGAUGAGGCGGCGUUAGAUAGCGAUUCGUAUCUUAAGCCAAACAAAUCGCACAGAUCACCAAAGGAGAAUGGUAAACUAAAUGGCGGCAGGAGUGGGAUACAUGCACCUAACGCACCAAGUAACGGCCAUCUACGCGAUAGCAUGCAGGAUACGGCAUACAUCUACGGGGGUGAUAACAACAACCUCUCAUUGAAGAAACAACCAUCAAAGUCUGUCGGAGGAAACACAUACGCUGCUCUAAAACUGAGACAGACCGAGGACGGUUAUGAUAACCCGAACGAUGAAGAUGAAAUGGAAAAUGGAGAAUACAUGUACCAUCCGGCUGGUCCUGAUGUCAUGGUUUAAAGCUAUCCAGAUCAUGCAUAAUUAUGAUCUACCAUAAAGUAUUUAUGAAUAUUUAUUUAUUGUUUAGGAAGAAUGUUUUUAUUACCUUGGGCGCUUUGUUAAGUAAAUGCAAUCGACGAAACGCUACGAGGGAUACGUUAAGUAUUCCAAAGAACUAUUUGUUAUUGACUUCAUAAUUAUGUAACCUGAAGAAAAUGGGAACUUAUAAUUUAAGAAGAGAUGAUGUUGGCUAAACGGUGGUACGAUGUAUUCUUCAAUUGAUUUGUGCACGUUUUUUUUCCUUGCGAUACUUCUUCUUCUUCUUCUUCUUCUUCUUCUUCUUCUUCUUCUUCUUCUUCUUCUUCUUCUUCUCUGUUUUUGUCUUCGUGCGCAUUUUGAAUAAUUUCGUUAUUAUGGGCUUUAUUUUUUUCUCCAAAGCUUUGUCAUGUUGUAAAUUAAAAUGUGCCUCCCAUAAUUUCUUUCAUUUAUGAUAUAUUAUUAGUCAGGAUUAUAUCUUUCAUGAUAAAAUCCUC